AUGACCAAAACGAACAGAACUCCCGCAUCAACCUAUGCAAGCCCGUGGAUCCCUCCCAGAGAAUCAGUUAUCCACCUCCACGGAUCUGUCCGAAAAUUUUCUCACAAGACACCCAUCAAGGGAUCCUGCAAACGAUCAAAAUCAUCAGCAAACGAAUCCAAUAGUAUGCGCCUCUUUCUCGCAAUUUUCUCAUGUUUGAUUCUCUCCGUCAUUGCUCGACGUGGACAGCCCGGCAAGCAAGCACAUGGCGUCGGGUCUCCCCAAACUAAGCAAAUCUUCAUGCAAUGGGGCUAUCCGUACGGAUGGGGUCUGACGGUCCCGCCCUCAACUGACGACAGAUUGAGUCGACCCGAGGACGAAGUGAAGGCUGUCAAGAGAGUGGAAAAAGCAAAUGAGUCUGUCCCCAUGAAAAAACGUGGAUGGUUCCGAAAAAACAAAGGGCCGGGGAAAGAGCAGCCUUCGCAUCGCUUUAUACAGAAUGCCCUCAUUAGCUUCGAAUAGAGCAUUCGAAAUCCAAAUUCAUACAUUCGUUACAACUAUGGUGCCGGUAUACUCAAGACGACACAGAAAACGCCAAAUAGUUUCUAUAUUCUCUUUGUACUUGGCCUUUAACCGAUUAACAUGGAAUGCUUAUAUGGACCGA